AUGUCGCACGCUACUUCUUUCCCCGUGGUUGAGUCGCAUCUCGAUGUGACCAGAGAGCCGUAUAAAUCGAAUCGAGAAGCAUGGCAGCCGGUGAUGGAGGAGUUCUCCACAAAUCUGAGAAGGACCACAUCCGAAGGGAACCAUCAGUCCAUCAACAAACAUGAGAUGAGGGGACAAUUGUUGGCAAGAGACAGGAUAUCCUUGCUGUUGGACCCCGACUCGUCAUUUCUUGAACUGGGCUCGUUUACCGGGUUCGACUUGCCAGACUCCAGCCCCUGUGCAAGCCUCUUGGCUGGUAUCGGAAGCAUCAGCGGCCGCAUCUGCCUCAUACUUGCACACAUCGCAACACAAAGUGGCGGCGCAUGGAACGAGUUGACGGUGAUCAAACAAAACAGAGUGACGGAGAUCGCCAAUGAGAAUGACCUACCAAUCGUUGCCCUUGUGCAGUCGGCAGGAGUCUUUCUUCCGCAGCAAUUUCGUGUGUUCCACAAGGGUGGACAGAUUUUUCGUGAUCUCGCUGUGCGAACCCAGAAUGGACAGGCUUCCUGUGCCAUUGUUUUCGGCUCUUCAACAGCUGGUGGCGCCUACCACCCUGGGCUGUCAGAUUAUACCAUUUUCGUGGAAAAUCAAGCGCAAGUAUUCCUCGCCGGUCCUCCUCUGGUCAAAAUGGCUACCGGCGAAAACAUCGGCGCAGAAGAGCUGGGAGGGGCUCGAGUUCACGGGACUGUUACCGGCCUCGCGGAUCAGAUUGCCUUUGACGAGUUUGAUGCAGUCCGGAAGGCUCGCGAAUGGGUCAGCACUCUGUCGCCCCGGAAUCGACCAGUGCAGCCUAUGCGUCCGCCACUUGCACCUCGUUAUCCAAUUGAGGACAUAUUUUCCAUAGUCAAUCCUGACGUCCGGAAACCUUUCGAUAUGAAGGAGGUAGUUCUUCGGUUGGUUGACGAGUCACGUUUGGCCUUGUUCAAACCAGAAUACGGCAGCAAUUUGUUAACAGGGUGGGCCUAUAUCAUGGGGAUGCGUGUUGGGAUAAUUGCAAACCAGACACCCAUUAUCAACCCGGACGAGGCGUCAAAGGGCACGCAAUUCAUUCGCCUGUGCAACCAACAGAACACACCGAUCGUCUUUCUUCACAACGUGACGGGGUUCAUGGUCGGCUCGAAGGCUGAGCAUGCCGCAAUCAUCAAAAAGGGGGCGCAGUUUGUAUCCGCGGUCAGUUGCUCAAAGGUGCCACAUAUUUCCGUCAUCUUAGGGGCAUCAUAUGGAGCAGGCAACUAUGCCAUGUGUGGAAGGUCAUAUCGGCCACGCUUUCUAUUCACCUGGCCAACCGGACGGUGCAGCGUUAUGGGACCAGAGCAGCUGUCCGGGGUCAUGGCUCAGGUUGAAGCCAACAGUGCCCGAAGCAAAGGAGUGAUUCUCAAACCCGAGGAAGUGGAAGCGAGAGUGCAGCGUCUGCAGAAGGAGGUCCAGAGAGAUAGCAGUGCGUACCGGACAAGCGCGUACAUGCUCGAUGACGGAGUGAUUGAUCCUCGAGACACUCGCGAUGUGCUUGCAAUGUGUCUAGAAAUCGUGCAAAUACCAGGAGUGCAAGGAAGCGCAGGACACCGGGCGUUGGCAAGGAUAUGA